AGAUGCAGAAAUAGCAAGGUCUAUUUAAACAGUAAGAAGUGUCAAUUCUUUUGUAUUGAAGUAGAGUUUUUAGGUCAUGUUAUUAGUGCGGAAGGUAUUAAAGUAAGAGAUUCGAAGAUAGCAGCCAUUCAGGAGUAUCCUAUUCCUGCUACAAUUGGUGAAGUUAGAAGCUUCUUAGGUUUGUGUAAUUAUUAUAGACGGUUUAUUCCUAGUUAUACAGAACUUACUGCAGGUCUUACAUCCAUUACGUCAGGUAAGAAUUAUACCAAGUUAAAGCUUUCGGAUAAGAUUAUAGACGAUAUCGAGAAAUUAAAGUUGGCUUUAGCGUCGUCCAAAUUGUUGAUCAAACCAGAUCCAAAGAAGACUUUCCAUGUCUAUAUUGAUGCAAGCGAUGUUGGUACCGGUUGCAUGAUCACUCAGUUCGACAGUGAUAAUAAUGAACGUCCAGUAUUGUACGACUCGAAGAAAUUUAAUAGUUUUCAGAAAUCAUAUACAACUACCGAUAGAGAAUUAUUAGCGUUAAUCAAUGUGUUGAAGAAAUUUGAUUAUUUAUUGUUAGGUAAUAAAUUUAUAGUUUACUCGGAUCAUCUUAAUUUAGCUCAUUAUCAAACUAAACAAGAGACACCUAAAAGGUUAAUUAGAUGGUUAGACUUAAUCAGUAUGUUCAGUUACGAGUUAGUACACAUCGAGGGUAAGAAGAAUAUUGCAGCAGAUUUUCUCAGUCGUAACGCCAAAUUUUAUUAUGAUUGGGACGAUGGGUUUUUAGAUCAAGUUAAGGAAUCGUAUGAAGUUGCGGAUGAAUACAGUAAGAAAUGGUUGGAGACAGCAAAAUUAAGAAAUGAUAUGUUGGAAAAAGAUGGUUUAUUAUACUUAAUUGAUGCUACAACAGAUUCAAGAAGACUAGUUUUAGUGGACAAAGCUCAAAUUACUAAAAUUUUAGACGAAGGUCAUCUUUCUAAUUAUGCAGGUCAUCCAGGAGUAUACAGACUCACAGCACGAAUCAGACCAAGUUUUUAUUUUCCCAAGUUUUGGAAACGUGUUAAAGCUUAUGUAGCCGCUUGUCCAGAAUGUCAAAAGGUUAGAAUCGAAAGGGAGAAGCAUGGUUUACUAAAUCCGUUACCAAUACCUGCUAGACCUUGGAAUGAUGUUACGAUGGAUUUUCUCUCAUUACCU